AUGAAGACCUGCCUGGUGCCCGGGCUGGCCCUCUGCCUCCUGCUGGGACCCCUGGCAGGGGCCAAGCCGGUGCAGGAGGAAGGAGACCCCUACGCCGAGCUGCCCGCCAUGCCCUACUGGCCUUUCUCCACGUCCGACUUCUGGAACUAUGUGCACACUUUCAGCGCCCUGGGGGCCUACCCCCAGCUGGAGGACAUGGCCCGCACCUUCUUCGCCCACUUCCCGCUGGGGACCACCCUGGGCUUCCACGUCCCCUACAGGGAGGAGUGA